UUUGAUUACCCACGUGCUGAUUCUGAGUCUGCAAAGUUAUAAAAAUUCAUUUUGAUUACCCCUCUGGCUCAUGUUGAGUCUGACUCCUAGUCACAGAACACUUAGUAGGACCUGGAGCAUAGGAGGAGAGACUUGUUUCCCUUAGGCAAAAGGGGCACUAAAAAUCAAUUCUCGCUUCUACUUGUAGCCCUGGAUCAUACAGAUAAAUGGCAUUGGCUAGAGAAGACAUUGAUGAAGCUGUAUACAUGAUAUUAUUUAGAGAAAAUUAUGUUGCGAAGAGAUUGGAUACAUAUUUUCAGCAUCUGGAUGUUUUUAAGGAAAGGAGAAAAGAGUUGUUACGUAAAAAAUGGACUGAAAAUGUUCCAAAGCCUCUUCAGCAGAGAAUUUUGGAAAAAGUAAUUUCAUAUAAAGGGUUAGAAAAAACAAAACAAGAGAAUUCUGAAUAUUUAUUAAAGCACACAAAUAAAACGGAAAUUAUAUUUGGAGACUUUUAUGAUCCUGAAGUAUACAAUCUCUUUUAUAUGAUAAAAAAGGACUCAAAUUAUGGAAAGGUUAUGGCCCCACCGUUCUGUGAUCCUCUGUUUAGAAGACAGCAAGAGUUGGAUGAAGAGCAGACGGCUGUUUUUUAGUACACUGUAGGAAAACAAUGUACCUUAAAAGAAUUUAAAGAACUAGAGAAGGCCAGACAGUAUGCCAGAUUGCCCCAGCUGACUUUCAGUUUCCACAGAGUGUUUCCAAAAGAGCAGCCCAAAGCUUCUGCAAGGCCUGUGGGAAGCAAAACUCGUAGCAAAUGCAGUCCUGAAAAGCUUGUCUGUGCAGAAGAGAAAUAUCUGCUUGAUAAAGAGAAAACGACUGGUGACCUAAGUCAGACUCUUUUUGAAAGGCAGUUUUAUUCCUCGAAGCUUGGCCAGGAGAGUAAAAAGCAUGAAAAGAAGAGUCUGAAACUCAUUCCUGUGAACCUCAAAAGGGAAGAGGUCAUGGAGGAGGUCUGCCCUGGGGGUGUAGGUGAGGGGAGGGCUGGCUGGGAAGCCGCCUGGAAGAUGAGUGUCAGUUGGAAUCAGCUGGGAAGUUCCUCCCUGUCCCGUGAGCCCCUCUUCCCCACCCUACACUCAGCUCUUCUGUCAAUAGGUUUAGGAACCAGACGGCACAGACCCAGAUCCUGGGUGGCUGGGGAAGGCCAGCAGAGGUGGGGGUCACAGCCCAUGGAAAGAAGAGUGAUGACAGCAGAGGUCCUGGGGCAGCACCCGGCCACGCCCGGAACUGCGCCCCAUAAGGGGCCGUUUGUAACAAAGCUUUGCUGACCUUUACUUUGCAGUGUUUCUACAACAGUUAAAACGCUG